UUUCGUCUUCGCCAAUGAUGAUCUUUUCCAGGACAGUGGACCAGGUUCGUUUUUUCUUCCCUCGCACUCGCUUUCGUAUCGUUUUCCUCGAUUUUCGAUGACUUUUUUAGAUGAGUAUCGUUUUCCUCGAUUUUUGAUGAGUAAGUUAGACCACGGAUAAUUGAAACACUGUCAAGUGGGAUGAUGAUCUUGUUCCGUUGUAGCACCAGUACCUUCCAGAAGAUAUUUGAUACUGGUGAUGUCAUAGAGUCAGUCUUUUCCAGAAGAUACUGACCUUUUUUUGUUGUUCUAAGAACGUCAACUUCACUAUGAAGAUACCUUCAAGUACUAGAACGAUGCAAGACACUGUUGCUCCUGCGAUGUACGGUGCUCAACCGGAGGCUUUUACCACUUGCCGCCACAGAACACGGCCUUCUCGCACAGUAUCCGAAGUCAUGUUGAGGACUACAACGAUUUUGGCCUUGUCAACAUCUUGUUUGGCCUCUGGUCACUUCGCCACUGCUGAAGAUGCUGGAAAUGGAAAGAUGGCCGUCCUUCCUUUGAUCCAAAGGCGUGAGUCUCGAUACCACUACAUUGGUGCUAGCUCUUUUCUUGCGGUGCAUUCUCAUUCGAGAGAGCAUCAUGGGAGUCCGCAGAAGUCUUCACCGGGUCGUGCCUCUUCAACAUCAAGUUUAAGUCUUUUAGAGCAGACGAGCGAUGAACAAGAGGACUCGGACACGACCGCUGAUGAAGAAGACAUUGAACAAGAUCCUGUUGAAGAUUCAGAACAUCGUCCAGCAAAAGAGUUUGCUGCAUCUUCUAGGAGAAAAUCCACAACAAGUACUUCUAGUGGGAACAAUGAUGUAAAGAAGCGCGAACACGACCACGAGAGCCAGACGACAAGAGAUUACUCAUCUUCUACUAGUGCCAAGAAUACUGCUACCUCUUCAUCCAAAUCCAAGACGAAUGGGAAGAAUCAAGAACAUCAGGGAGGUUCGCGGCGACGAUCCAGGGACGACUUGGACGACGUAGCUGCGGAAGAAACGGGUUUUGAUCCUGCGCAAUAUUUCGGCAAAGAGGUGGAUUCCGGAGUCCGCAUUGUGCGGACCCAAGAAGCAAUCGACAGUAUGAAAGUCGGCAGAGGGACCACGCGGCCGCAUCAGAGGGGAGCGACGUACUUGAAUUACCUUAACAUCAACAUAUGCUUUUGAUGAUACUUUUACUUGCUCACAUACAGAUCGUGUGUUUUGACAUUAGAGAGCCUGUUGCAGUUGUAAGGGUAAAUAGUACGUAUCUUUUUCUCAUUCUUUCACUUUCCCGCAGAAAUCACAUUGAGAUCACUCACCUACUCCUCCACACAAUCCUCACAGGGGCUCUGCUGGCAUGAUGCUGCUUGAAAACAUCGCGGAUAUGCAAUAUAUGGCUGAGGUUGAGGUGGGCACCCGAUUUGCCUCGUCCGGCGACUGCGAGGACUGUCUACGACUACCACAAGCAAAAAUGCGAGUCAUCCUCGAUACUGGAAGUUCCGACAUUUGGAUCAAUGCUGAGAAAUGUAACGAGGAUGGGUCUUUUGCAUCUGAAGAUGGUGAGGACACAGGAGCAGGAGACACUAACACAGCUGUUUCGACGUCGAAUGCUGAGAGAAGAAGAGGUAGUGCUAGGCAUCAACAUCAUGCGUCUCUUAGCGGUAGAAGAUCUUCGAGUAGUAGCAGAAGAAACAAGAAGGAUAACCCUUUUGAGGCUCUUUUUGGUGGUGCUGCACAAGGUCCGAAAUGUCGUGCUGGUGCAGGCGUGUACGAACCAGAGCUCUCUGUUACUGCCCGUGACUGUGCUACUAUGUUGAGGGCGUCCACGUUUUUUUCGGGUUCCGCCGGGGACACUGACGGGAAGAGCAAACAUACUAGAGUAAUAAUUCACGACCAUGCGAACAAUUCUUCUGCUCUAGUGCAACAUGCGUUUUUGAACGAAGAUGAAGAUGAAGAUGCUGAGCAGGAUUUAGAAGAGAAAGAGGAGGACGUUGAACACGUAGCAGCAUCUUCUAUUGUCGUCGAUGAUGAUGAACAAGGAGAAGAGCACCAAGAAGAAGAUGCAUUGGCUGAUCAAGUCGAUGGAGAAGCUUCUGAAGAUGCAGCUUCUGAAGAUGGAGACACCACGGAAGAAGAUGCGGAUGAUGUCGCGGACAGCUUUUUACAAGUCGCUACUUCUGGUCGGCGAAGCAGAAAAAGUGGAAGAACUAAGCUGUCAAGAACUAGUACUAAGAAAAUGCUGAGAAAACAUGAGAAGCGUGCUGGGACUAGCAGAGCCUCUUCUAAUACCGAGCACGUCGGAGCUAAAACCCGCGGUGAAUCUGUCAUGGCUGCUCGAAGAAAGCCCACGGCGAAGAGCCCCCAGCAUGCUUCAAAUACAACCACACGAACCUCUACUUUUAGGACCUCCAAUUUUUCCACUUCAGAUGACUUCAAUCCCAAUACUAUCAUGAACAAGUUCACAGACGACGAGAUCGAGCAGAUUUGCAAGAUUGGGAGUGUUUUCGGAAGUGGGAUUUUAACUGGAACACGUGGAUUUGAUGAUGUAAAGCUCGGUCCUAUAACCGUCUUCGCGCAAGGCUUCAACAUGAUCCAGAAGCAUCACGGGGAGAUCUUCAACGAAAUCGAUUUGGAUGGGAUAUUUUAUGGAGGCUUUUUUUCUAGACUGAUUUAGAUGGGAAGAUAUUUUAUGGAGGCUUUUUUCUAUUUACUUUUGCAGAGAGAUGAAUCUUUCUCUUGCUCUUGAGCUUGAGAAUUCACCUAGAAUUCACCUAGUUUCGUUGAAAUCUUCAAUUUAUUGGUGAUGAAUUCUCAUUCAAGAAAAGAUGAUUUAAUCCGUAUAGUUCUACUAGACUAUCACUGUGAUUGAUAUAGACUCUAACUUUUCGGCCUCAGUUUCCCGUCCCUUGUGGCAACAACACCUGUGGAGACCGAGGUGGAUGGCGCGCAAGUCCUUCUAACACGCGGAAGAGACUAUUUUAGAGGAGAAACAUCUCUCCUUCUGUCAUCUUCUAUUAGCAGUGGUAGUGGUACUUCUUCUUCUCCCUCGGGAAUGGGAAGCUACAACCCUGGUACAACUGCAGUUGUACCUGGCAAAGACUUACGAAGUUUAAUGCAGGACCUGGAUCCAAGGGAGUUGCCAGUAGCACGCCGUCUCGAAAAGAUUCGUGAGAAAAUGCAGAAACUCAAGGUCGAUAAGAACAAGCAAGAAAAUCAAAGGAGUGGAGGUGGAACUGCAUCUCGAGCACUGCCUUCUACGGCUAAAGCUCUAGGUGGGAGUAGUAAGAACAGCACGAUUUCAUCCACUUCUAAGAAGAGGUCGGAUCAUGAACGUCAUGGUUCAUCUCCGAGCAAAGGCAACGGAGCAACGACCACGACUAAGCAUGCUGUCGAACAAGAGACUAAAGCUUCUGAAUAUGAGAGGACCAUUUCCACCUCAUCUUCAAGUAAGGAACAAAACAAGAUGUCACAACGUCUUCGACGCGAGUUUGAGCUUGUCAACGACCUCGCGACACCUUUUUUCGACAACGUGAUGCAGUCGAACAGGAUUCCAAACGAGUUUUCCUUCUACUUGUCGCGCGCUCCACGCCAGAAUUCGAUCUUUACCAUGGGAGGCAUCAUGCGCGAGGCGGCAGAAGGCGGCACACUUCAUACGUUUCCAGUUGUGCACCAGCGGUAUUGGGCAUUAGGGUUAGAUGACGUCACCAUCGCGAUGAACAGUCCCCUGGAGAAGGACGGCCUUCGCAGUGUCCUUUUUGCUGCGCCUCGUAGGGAGAAAAAGUCGCUCUACAGAAUGACGGUCCUUCAUCCGAAAGAGACCUCCACUGGUGCUGACUCUAUCGGAAAAGCAUUGUCAGACAUCUUCGACAGUCUAGGUGGAGGUGGUGACGAGGAAGAAGGACAAGGAAGAGGAGAUGAUGGUUCUAGCUCGAGUGGAGGAGGCCAAGAUGGGGGACGAGAAAGGAACAAUUCAACUUCUUCAGGAUCAGGCCAGAGUAGUGAGGAAGACGCGCUAACAAAAUAUUUCGAAGAAAUUCUGAAUGGCAUGAUGAAUGGACGCAAAGGCAAUAGGGGCAGCUCAAUGUCCUCCACCAAGCAUUCUCAUCAUCAUGAUCAACAUAGUUCUGCUUCCGUGUCUGAAGAACAUACGUCGAAUAGCGCCAUUGAUGUCCAGCGACCAUGGAGUAUGGAAGAGUGGCUUGGCGACUUUUUUGGACAUGCUAUUGCUGCAGCACUUACGCACAGUAGAGGUGAUCGGAGUAAAAAUAGGAGAGGACAUCACUUCACUACUUCUAGUCCCGGCCAAGCAAGCGAAGCAGAACUCACCUAUCAUGCAGAGCCGGUCUUGACCACACCAAGCAAGUACUCGAACGCUUUACCUCAUGCUCGACAGAAAAUCAGUCGCAGGCAGAGACUAGCACACGUUGCGGCUGCUUUGGUUGAAGAGGUGCUUUUGUCCGGUGAUAUUAGUGGAGAUUCUGGUGAUGAGCAUGAGCAAGCUACUUCUUCCAGUGCUGACCACGACCAAAGCCCUCAAGAAGACAAGAAAAAGGAACAAAUGCUUGAUCUAGUUCGUCAUUAUCUGUUGAGUCAUUUUCUACCCGAAAACGUGAAGAAAGCUCCACUGGCGCAUUGGCCAGCAAUGGCGAGGACUUCUUUGCUCCAGAUCGCCAGUAAGGUGCAGCACAAGAAGGAGAAUCUAGUAGGGCAGGUGGAGGAACAAGGUAGUACUGCAAGCACCACUUCUUCAACAAGUUCUUCAUCCUCGGUUCUUCAACAAGUUCAUCCAGAACCAAAGGAUGAUCUGAAUCAAUUGCGUGCUAAGCGCGUCGCCCAUUUCCUUGGUGCUGCGUUGCAGCAGUCUUCUAUUGUGUCAAAUCGCGUUCGCCGAGUUCUGAAACGCGUUGCGCUGCUGGACAGAGGAGGUGCACUUGCUCGUCCUCGUCCUGAUUUCACUGACGACGAUGAGGAAGAGGAGGAGAGUGACGACAAUGAUGGUAGAGGCUCUGGUGAUGACGAGGACAACAAGAAUGAGGUGGAGCAAGGCUCUGCAACUAGAAAUAACGCGACGACCGAGGGGGCGGAGCCUCUAGUCAAGCGAAGAUCAGACGAUGACGAUCAAAAAUCAAGCGAUAAGAAGAAGAUGGACGCUCAUCCGAUACCGUUGACCGUGAAUAACCUGAUCGUGGAUAGUGGCACGUCGCUCUUCACAGUCCCCAAGCACGUGUAUAAAACACUGAAAGAGCUAUUGCCAGAUAGGACCUGUGACGACGUUGCGUUUGAAAGCACACAAUACGGCAACCUCACUUUCUGGCUAAAGGAUGUUCAGGUAUUUUCUUUCUCUUUUUACUCAAAAAAACUAAUGCUUCAAGUUGGAAUAGCCAAACACGUUCUUAUCCAUGAAACCAUACCUCAAAAUUCGUCAGGGCCAAGUCCGUCCUUUGACAUUGACCCACGACGAUUAUAUGAUUGCCACGGCUGUGACGCCCAGUGCGAAAGACCAGAAGUUAAGGGUUAACCAAUUACAUCUGCCACAACCAUUCCUCGCUCUUUUUACAGUAGGAAAGAGGUGAGGGAUGUUCUGAAGAAUGUAAUUCUGCAACCUUUAAAGAAGAAUCCGGAACCACAUGAACUAAUUUGUUCUCUGGCCUUUACUCCAUUGGAUAUCCCCAAGGAGUCUAUCCCAGGCGGCGCCAUCGUCGCAGGCAUGCCAUUCAUGCGACGAUUCUAUUCUUAUGGAUACAGUUUCAUGCUGUCAAUGUGAACUCGUAGUUCUUCUCUGUCUACUUAAGUACUUUAAGUAACACUCCUAUCGUGAUCGAUUGUGUUGUUUCUAUAACCUGCGUUUGUCUUGUAGUUCUUCUCUGUCCACUUAAGUACUUUAAGUAACACUCCUAUCAUGUGAAGACUGUGCGCACUCCCAUGGCAGAGUUGCUUCUGCGCUACCAUUUGCGUCUACCAUUUUCGCCUCUCCCAAGUUCUAAUCCAUCGUUUUCAAUCGCGGUGGACCCUCGAUGACUGGACAGCAUCAUCGUGGUUCAUCUUCUUCGAGUCAAAACACUCAUCAUGGCCCAACGAUUUCGCUGGGUGUCGCUCGGCCCGACUUUCAACCUGCUGAGGCCAUGCCUUAUGCUAGUGGGCAUAUGAGUCAGAGUGCUCAAAUUGAUGGAAUGCUACGUCAUCCUCAUGCUGUCACUCAGAAUACCAAUAGCAUCGCAGGGAGUAAUCCUGUGAAACAAGACGUGCAGGAUCAGGAAGAUGAAGAUGAAGAGUCCACUGUCGAUUCCAUACAGAAUCGGAUUUCAGAUGAAAAAAAGGAGAGGAAGAUUUAUGCUCGGACAAACCAAAAGAAGGACAAAACGAAGAAUCAUGUCCACAUUGUUGAGAGAAGUAGGUCGUCAAGAAGACGGUCAAAGUUAGAGGGUAGAAAGCAAGAAGGCAAGAUGCAAGAGGGCAAGAUGCAAGAGGACAAACAGCGACAGGACAAGCAGGAGCAUGGCCCUAAAAAAGAUAGUAAAGCGCUACUCGACCACGAGUCAGGAGAGGGUCAAGCAGAACAAGAAGUAGAAGAAGAAGACGCGCAUGCCCUUAAUGAAGGUGAGAUUGAUUUAGAAAAUGAUCUAGUUUCGGUUCCUGACGUGCUGGAUGGCGAUAGCGACGGCGAGGAAGAGGAAGAAUCUUCACCCGAAAGGAGUGAUACAGAUACAACUAGUGAGGACGAGGCAAGUGAUGAACAUGAUGGGGCAACAAGAGGAAGACCUUCUAAAAUAGUGAGCAGUACUAGUUCUAGUGCUGCCACGUCAGUAGAAUCUGCUUCUUCGUCGACUAUGGAAGAAGAACUCAAGAACGAUGCUAACGAGGAUGAAGAUGAUGCAGAACAGGAACUUGACUCACCAGAAGAUGAUGCGGGACAACGAGAAGAACAUCAAAAUACUGCCCUACUUGAAGAACAAGAGCAAGACACUCUGCUUGACCGAGACCAAGAGGACCCUCUUCUUGAACAAGAUCAAGAACUACAACAGAACCUCCGAGUAGAGCAACCACAAAACCAAGACGUUGUCCCAGAUGAAGAGUAUUCUGACGAGGCAGCUGAGGAGAAUUCUGACGACGAUGCGGAAUUGUCUUCGCGAGCUGCAGAGCGACUCACACCGAAGCCAAGGCGUUACAUUCGGCGGGAAAAAGGGCGAGAGCAGUAA